UGGGAGAAAAGCAUUUCAAUGGCGGGAGAGAAAAUGAGAAAGGGAAAGCUUGUUGUCUUCUUCUUGCUCCUAGCUCUUGCAGCGAGCUUGUGCCGUCUAGGGUUCGUGGAUGCCGCGACGUCUCUUCAACCGCCGGUGAAAUUAGUUUGGCAUUAUUACAAGCGGCAUACCACGUGUGAUGAAGCAGAAGUGUAUAUUAGGCAUCAAGUGAAGUUGUUCUGGGACAAGGAUAAAAGCAUCACUGCCAAGCUCCUCCGCUUGCUAUACUCAGAUUGCUUUGUCACUGGCUGUGAUGCAUCAAUCCUCCUAGAUGGGCCAAAUUCAGAGAAAACAGCACCACAAAAUAGGGAACUUGGAGGAUUUGUAGUCAUCGACAAAAUCAAGACUGUUAUGGAAGCACGAUGUCCGGGAGUCGUCUCUUGCGCCGACAUUCUUAACCUUGCCACCAGGGAUGCUGUGCAUUUGGCUGGAGCACCAUCUUAUCCCGUUUUCACGGGACGAAGGGAUGGGAUGACAUCAAGCGCUGCAUCGGUGGACCUCCCAUCGCCGUCCAUCUCAUGGGAGCAAGCGCUAGCAUACUUCGAAUCAAGGGGCUUAGAUGUAUUGGACUUGGGAACACUCCUAGGAGCACACUCAAUGGGGAGAACACAUUGUAGCUACGUCCUCAACCGGCUCUACGAUUUCAACGGUACCGGAAAGCCAGACCCAAGCAUGAACGGAUCUUUGGUAACUGAGAUGAGAAAGUUAUGCCCGGAAAGAUUGAAGGGCCAACCCGACCCACUAGUGUUCCUAAACCCAGAAUCUGGAUCGAAUUACAAAUUCACUCAGUCCUACUACUCUAGAAUUCUAUCGCAUAAAGCUGUCCUGGAAGUUGACCAGCAACUACUCUUUGGGAAUGACACUGCACAAAUCAUUCAAGAAUUUGCUCCUGGUUUUGAAGAUUUUCGCAAGUCAUUUGCUCUGUCCAUAAGUAGGAUGGGAAAUAUCAAGGUUCUAACUGGAAACCAGGGAGAGAUACGCCGAAAUUGUCGAUUUACAAACAAGUAGGAGGAAUCUAAUGUGCUAUUCAUGAGGCUGGAAGAAUCACCAUAAAUGGAAAUUGUUGUGUCUAGGAGAAAGAUGAAUAAUCCAUCAAUUACAACAAAACAGAAAUGUUUUUUUUUUUUUUUUCUAUUUACAAAUAAAAUUAUAAAAUACAUUCCUAAAUUAUGAUUAAUGUUAUCCCACAUUUAAACCACUAAAGAAUAACUUUUCAAUAACUUUGAUUUCUCUUUUUUUCUAUUUCUUUUUUCUUUCCCGCCCCCUCCCAAAUAGUCUCAAAAGCAUAAGCAGUCAAAAUUGUUGAUACAUCUCCGAAUAUAUGCUAUAACAAAA